AUGAAGACUUGGAUUCAGACUCGGACUGGGACCCCAGAGGAUGAGGAGGAGGUGGAGGUUGGUGAGGAAGAACUAGAGGGGCUGAAGAAUGAGAGCGACGUUCAUCAGUUCGCAGCUGUUCUCUGUGAAGCUCAAGCUCUUGCUGUAAAGGCUGAAUGUGAAGCAGCAGCUGAUAAGCCCAACCGCCCAAAGCACUACACUGGGAACUUGAAACGAAGCCAGCGGCUCCAUGCCUUCAAUCGGAAGAAGUUAGCAGCAGCUGGACAACAAUUUAUUAAUUCCUGGUUCACAGUAGCCAAAAAGACGGUCUCCGAGGAUGAAUCUGGUUCAGACUCAGACUCAUCACCUGAAGACCCACCCACCAAAGAUGUUGAGGCAAGCAUGGGCCGGCUCUUCCCUGAAAGAGAUGAAUUGAGCAAUGAAAUGAACCCAGGGCCAUUGCAUGACACUACAGGCACCCAGAGUGACACACGAGCGAGAUCUGCAAAGGAGGAAGUCAAAGAGCUCCUGAAGCAGUUGCAGAAUGGAUGUCGCCCUUCAGAUGACAGCCCUGAGACAAGGACUGAUGUCCUGUUGAAUGGAUUAUGCUACAAGGACUUUCCUAUGCUGUGUCGUGCACUCGCAAAACUCACCAUCAAGAGCAAAGACAAGAAGCUUGAUGUGUUCUUCCGAAGCCGAAUUACAGGGAUGGUUGCGACAUUGAAUCUUUAUCUCGAUUCACAGCUCUCAUAUACGUGGCGGGAGGCUUCCCUGAUUGCGGUGAAAGCUGCAGGACGAGGACCCAAUCACGCACGCAACCUACGAAAGUGGAUCUGUCAGUUUUUGAAAUCUGGGAAACUGCCCCUUCACCGAUAUGGCUCCUACAACUCCUCAAUCCUCGAUGAUGAAGACUUCGCCCAGGAUAUCCAGCUACACUUGACAGGAAAGGCAAAAGAUGGCUACAUCCGGGCACAGGACAUUGUUGACUACAUUGCCACAAAGGAUGUCCAGGAGCGGCUUGGGGUGAAGGCACGAGGAAUCACCGUUCGAACAGCUCGAUGCUGGUUGAAGAAGCUGAACUGGUGA